AUGUCGCUCUAUUACGAGCAGUGCUGGGCUAUACUCAGUACCAUUGGAGUGGCCAAUGUCCUCUAUGGUCUGGUGGUCAUUAGCAUCACCAAGUAUACGCCCGUCGUCUGGAUUCCAAUCAUUGUCAGCAUUGCUUGUGCAAUCGCGAAUGGACUGUGUUAUUAUGCCUUUUACGCCGAUUACCCCGUCGUCAACAAGGCAAUCGCAUCUGGAUUUGCUGAUUUCUUUUGGCUGAUACAGGAAGUUGGGAUCUCAUUCUACGGCUAUGCCAUUUUGAUACGCCUCUUGAAUCGACAAAGUCGCGCUGCCUUUCAGGCCAUAUUCUGGGCAAUAGCCCUCGCCAUCACGGCCAUCCGAGCAGCAAUCCUCGUCGGCCGCGUCAAAAUCACCCUGGUCCCGGAUUCAGACUUUCGGAGGGUCGUCAACUACUUGCAUGUCGGCUACUUUACCCUCAUUGCCCUGCUCGAGUGUAUCAGCGCCUUCUUUCUACUGCGCGAGUUUUCAUCAGCUCGGAGGGCAUCCAAGGACGCUGCACUCUCUGGGAGCCUGCUGCAGCAUCUGAUGAGAGGAACCGAAACGCGUGUGGCAUCGCUGGCACUUGUUGGUAUAUCCAGAGCCAUUGCAUACAUCUUCAACCAAUCCCUUCCCGAGGCUUUAACGACUGCUGGGCAAGUGGAUCGAUUCUUCUAUACGUUGGAAUGCUUGUUUCCAAUGAUGAUAUAUAUCGAUAUACUAGCUUGCAAGAUCAAGUUUAGUGAUCACUGUUCGGUAGAGAUGCCGCAAAUGGGCAGUGCGCAAUCUGCCGAGGGGGUCUGGGAUGGAAUACGCGUAGCCAACCAACACGCAUCGAGGAGACCAGUCAGCGGCAGCACCAGCACUUUGGCGGAGCAGCACCUGGUGAAAAAACAACCUCACAUGACAACUACGUUCAACUUUUCGAGGGAUAUUACUCGCAAGAAACCCAUCGAAUUCACCAUGUACGACGACUCAUCGAGUGUCCAAGGGGUGUGUUACAACAUGACGCCGAGUCUUAGUUGA